AUGGCUAAACUGCAAGAUCAUCUGAGAAGAUGCCACCCUGAUAAAACAGAGAAAGGUUUGAAAUACUUUCAAACAGUCAAAGAUAAAUUUCAGAAGAGACCUACACUGGACAGAAUGUUCGCUUUGACGUCACAAAGAAAUGAGGAUGGUUUGCGGACGUCUUACAAUAUCUCGUUACUUAUAGCAAAAUCCGGAAAACCGCAUACUAUCGGAGAUAAGUUAAUUUUUCCAGGCGUUGAAGAGGUUUUAAAAGCUGUUUUACACAAACCUGCAUCUGAUAUCAUUAAAAGAAUUCCCUUAAGCAACAAUACUGUUGAAAGACGUAUUGAUGAAAUGAGUUCUGAUAUUGAAAGCUUCUUAUGUAAUUAUUUGCAAACGACCCAUUUCUCUAUACAACUGGACGAGUCAACUUUACCUGAUAAUGCAGCAUUAUUAUUGACAUAUGUUCGUUUUAUUAUGAAUCAAGAAAUCUACGAAGAACUGCUCUUCGCAAGAACUUUGAUAACCGACACUAAAGAUUUUGUAUCUAGGUUUGAGGAUAUUUUGACUAUGGUAAUACCACCGUGGAUAAUUAAUCCAUAUGGUGACAUAGAAGAAACGAAUGUCAUAAUACAAGAGGAACUGAAUGAACUAAGUACAAACGAAGAACUUGAGGUUCAGUUUAAAAACGGAUAUCAGCAAUCCUGGCUGCAAAACAACAUACCCGUUACUUAUCCUGCAUGCACCGGUAUUUUCCCGUGCAAGCUGCAGGCAUUCCAUGAUUUGCUUGUCACUGAAGAUGAUAAUUAUGUGAUAGGACCUCUUGUUAGCUUGAGAAAUAUAAGUUGCCUACACGGCCCAUAUCAAUUCAGGCACUGUCCGGCUCUGCUUGAUUCCGUUCCUUCCAAAAGUUAA